AUGGAGGUCUUUCUUCACCGUGUCCCAGCGGAUCUUAAUCAGCAUGGCUUCAAACGCGAACUUCAGCCCUUCGUGAAGAGCCUCCAAAUCCAAGAUUUUAUUUGCGAGAAGCCCAGAAAGAAGAGUUUUGGCACUAUUACCUUUCUGCGUGUCGGCGAUGGACAAAGAUUUCUGCAGGCAUAUGGCGAAACGCAGAAUUCGCGUAGUCCUCUCCACUGGGGCCGGAAGUCAAGUUUGCAUAUUAUGGGAGUUGAUGUGUGUUGCAAGCCAAGUAGAUAUCCACCAAAGCCUUUCGCCCUGCGGACGCUGGAGCACGAGGCUCAAGAAAGAGAAAUGGGAUACCGGGAGCGACAAGAGGAGUCUGUCUUUUUGGAGAUGCAGCAAUACAGCUGCGGAAGAUGCGACUUUGUCGGGGAUCAGUUAACAUACAGUCCUGAGGUUCAAUGGUCAGCCAGAGGAACUGUAAAAUUCAAGACGCGAUCGAUGAUCGUCAACGGAUUUCCCAAGUGGCGGAUUCGAAUACCUCUUGCCACCAUUGUUAGCUUGAUCUACUCGAUUGAAGGUACUCUCACAGUUACCCUCUCUGAUGUGCCCUUCUUCUUUGAAGAGGUAUGGACUUGCGACGAUCUAGUGGGGCUGCGCUCUAAUCGGAUACGUCUGCCCAGUCUAGGGAAGGGACAUAACCAGAUAGUUGGACAGUGCUUGGUUUAUCAGUUCAAAGUUUCUGUGGUGGGCUUCAGGGCAAAAAUAGAAAAACUCAAAGACUGGGAGAUAACCAUCUAUCGUUACGACUUGACCCCAGCACGGCCCCUCUUAUCCUCACAGUCGGUCUCAAUUGAGUUUCACAAACUCCUGGAUGAGCUAGCAGAAUGUAUGAGUAAUAGCUCUAUGCCAUUUGGGAUUCUCUUCCAGCUGCAGGCAUUGGCACAAAAUGCAUACCUGCAUCCCACCACUAGCCGCCACUUGACCGAAAGGCUACGUAUAAAGUUCGCUGAGGAUAAGGCAGCAGGGCGAGACCCCAUCACCGUGGACGGAAUCAGAAAGCUUUUUAAUAUGAUCGGCUGGCCGUUUCCUGGAGAUGAUCCUUGGGGCUAUGAGGUAGACUCUCUUCUGACGACGCUUGAGGAGAACCACAGAGAGAUACAAGACGCUUCGCCUAUCGAGAAGGGCUUCAUGAGAACACAGCUAACAUGA